GACCCGAAACAAAACUAUCUUCUUCUUUUUUUCUCCGCUCAAAACCCAGAGACCCGUUAAAACCUGCUGUUGCGUGACAGUUAUGCUUCUGGGUUUUAUCGAUUGAUGGAAAACCCCUGGGCUUGUGUUGUGAUUUCAUGUAAGUGCUCGGAGAUGAUCAGAUUCCGUGGGCAGUGUUCGUUGCCGGAGCGAAGUGGGUGCCCACAGCAGUUUAUUGGGUCUGGGUGUUUGAAGAGAUAAUGGGUCAAGUUGGAUUUGCUUCAACUUCUGCUUGGUCCAUCGUAGCUCUAGUUGAAGUGGAAACUGGGGUUCGCGUUCGAAGACGAAGCAAAACGAGCAGAUUGAAAUUCCGAGGCCAUAGCUCAGAUUAACGUUAAUUCGCGGGUUUCACGCGUGCGGGUUUGCCCAACAGUAAACGAACAGGUCGACGUGUUACGGGUAAAGCUGCCCGGACUCCUUAUUCGUACCAACCUCAGAAACCUCGAAAGUCCUAACCUUGUUAGAAACCAAAUUCCUGAAGUCUUGUUGUUCUGUUUUUUGUUCUCGAUGCUCAUAAAAACAAAACUUGUGACCAAACUCAUCAUAAGCACACAGACAUGGCGAAUCAACAAGAAGAUCAAUCAAAGAAGCAGCCCUCGUGGUUCACGCCCAAGAGACUUCUCGUCAUAUUCUGUGUGAUCAACUUGAUCAACUAUGUCGACCGAGGAGCAAUAGCAAGCAACGGCGUCAAUGGAAACCUACAGACUUGCAACAAUGGCACGUGCACACCCGCUUCGGGCAUACAAGGCGAUUUUAAGUUGAACAACUUCAAAGAUGGUUGGUUAUCUUCUGCUUUCAUGGUUGGACUUCUCGUGUCUUCUCCGAUAUUUGCAUCCCUGGCAAAGAGUGUCAAUCCUUUUCGUCUCAUUGGAGUUGGGUUGGCAGUUUGGACUUUGGCCGUAACUGGCUGUGGUUUCUCAUUCAACUUCUGGUCCAUUAUUAUCUGCCGCAUGCUGGUUGGUGUUGGUGAGGCUUCGUUUAUUAGCCUUGCCGCGCCGUUCAUCGAUGAUAAUGCUCCACCUCCACAGAAAACCGCAUGGCUUUCGAUAUUCUACAUGUGCAUACCAUCUGGAUAUGCGCUUGGUUAUGUUUAUGGUGGCUUGGUGGGCACUAGGCUAAGUUGGCGUGCUGCAUUUUGGGGGGAGGCAAUUCUGAUGCUUCCCUUUGUGAUUCUCGGGUUUGUUGUCAAGCCUUUGCAGAUGAGAGGCUUUAAGCGUGAUGAAUCAAAGGUUGCUGUUGCUGUCUCACAACUUCAAGAUUCAGGUGCUUCUGAGACGAAAGCUGCAAUGAAAAUAAAGAAGCAUCUUUCGAGGUUUAUGAAAGAUAUGAAGGAGCUUUUGGUCGAAAAGGUGUACAUUGUUAAUGUUCUUGGUUAUGUAGCAUACACCUUUGUGAUUGGUGCCUACUCAUAUUGGGGGCCUAAGGCUGGUUACAAUAUAUAUCAUAUGAAAAAUGCAGAUAUGAUGUUUGGAGGUGUUACAAUUGUGUGCGGAGUACUCGGCACAGUAGCAGGAGGCUUUGUUCUGGAUUAUAUGACCAACACUAUCACCAAUGCUUUCAAGCUUCUUGCAACCGCAACAUUUAUUGGGGCAAUAAUAUGCUUUGGUGCCUUUUGCUUGAAGAACACGUAUGGUUUCCUAGCUCUUUUUGCAGUUGGACAACUACUUGUCUUUGCAGUUCAGGGUCCUGUAAACUACAUUUGUCUGCAUUGUGUUAAACCUAGUUUAAGGCCACUGUCUAUGGCCAUUUCUACUGUUGCAAUUCACAUCUUUGGAGAUGUGCCUUCCUCGCCUCUUGUAGGGGUUCUCCAGGAUCACAUCAAGAAUUGGAGGACGACUGCUCUUAUUCUAACAUCAAUUUUUAUUCCGGCAGCUGUCAUAUGGUUUAUCGGAAUUUUUCUGCACAGCGAGGAUAGGUACAAUGAAGAAAGUGAGAAGCAGAAAUCCACAACUGAGGUUGAAGAGAAGAAGGCGGAAUCUACUGCUGAACCUGUCACAUAUUCAACUCUUGUCUAGUGUAAUUCCAAUUUUCUUUCUCUUAUUUUCCAAGGACUUUUUUCAAUAAUACUCUCUUUUCUUCUCAAACAACGUUGCAAGGGUUGUACAAGAUGCAAAUUCAUAAUUUAGAAUGAUUCUCAGU